AUGGGCACAUACAAUGAUACCAUGGAGACUUCCAUCAUAUAUGCUACCUUCUUUACCGAGCUAGCAGAUAAAAGAACAAAUUCCUGGUUCUUGAUGGAAGAUCCAUUUCCCACUUGUAUCAUAUUAGCUUUUUGGAUGUAUUUUGUUCUUAUAUUUGGGCCUACAUGGAUGAAAGACAAACAACCAUUUAAUCUAAGAACUAUUCUAAUUAUUUAUAAUUUUUUACAAAUAAUAGCUAGUGUAUACGUAUUUGUUAGAGGAGGACAAUUAUGCUGGUUUGCAAAUUGUAGCUGGAAAUGUGAACCGGUAGAUUUUUCUACGAACCACACUGCUUUAGAGGUCGCCGGCUUAUUUCACUUCUACUAUCUUGUUAAAAUUACCGAACUCUUGGAUACCAUCUUUUUUGUACUCCGAAAAAAGAACCGUCAAAUAAAUUUCCUGCAUGUAUACCAUCACACCGUCAUGCCAGUUGUGGCGUGGUUCGGUACUAAAUAUUUACCUGGAGGUCAUGGCGCUUUCAUAGGAUUUUUGAACUCAUUUAUUCACAUUAUUAUGUAUUCUUAUUACAUUUUGGCUGCACUUGGUCCGAGUAUUCAAAAGUAUUUAUGGUGGAAGAAACACAUAACUACUAUGCAAUUACUCCAAUUUUGUUGUAUUUUUAUCCACAACAGUCAGUUAUUGUUCCAUGAUUGUGGUUAUCCAUACUGGGUAUUUUUCGUUACAGCUCCAAAUGCUAUCUUCUUCUACCAGUUGUUCACCCAGUUUUACAAGGAUGCUUAUUUGAAAAAUAGAUACAAAGUGCUUAAAAAGGAAGCAAAUUAUGAUUAUAAUGAAGAUACUACUGAUGAUGAAAUUAGUAAUGAAAAUGGCAAAAUUGUAUUGAAAGAUAAAAUAAAUUAA